UGAGCGUCUCCGUGGGUGCACCAGCUUAACUCUCUCUCUGCUGCUGGUGCUGUUUCUGUGUUUGUACUCCGGUGUACUCUGGUCCAGCGACAGACACGCCAUAUAUGUUCAACAAUUUGUGGGAUCAAGACCGUGACGUACCUCACCACCACCACAAUAAAAUCUACGUUCACCGGAGUCUUAAGCCAACAUUGAGCGCUCAUUUACAAAAAGUGCGCGAACCUUGUCGCACGUACAAGCUUUCGUUUGUUUAUUUGUUUGUUUAGUUGUACCAAUUAGUUCUAGUUGCCAGUUUUGAUAAUAUUAAUAAUUAUUUUUAUUUAUUCACCUAAACAAAUAGUGCUUUUUUUUUGUUACAAUGACGGUUAACAAGGCGAAUUCGAAUUCGAAAACGAAAAAAAAGUCAUCGUCAACCACGGAAACGAAACAGUCUGCGUCAGCUUCGACAUCGUCCUCUAGCGCAACCAAAACAACCAAGAAGGUCGUCAGCAGUACUUCGCAUGCGAAAGAAACAAGAAAUAUAUCAAAAUCGACCAGCGUUUCGAGAUCUUCGUCAUCUUCCAGUUUACAAAUAGCAGAUGUUUCCCAUUUGCCGGUAAACGCUUCCAAUGUUACUUACACAGUCACCGAAAAUUUGCCGACUGGCAGCGGCGAAAAAAUUACAACGUACGCAGAUUCCGGUGCCACUAAAACAGAGUAUCGUCACUUUAUUGCCCAAGAAGCCGCAUCAACUCAAGCUUCCAACAUCGUGCAACUUAGUUCGACGCUGAACAGGUCUACCACCAAUUUAUCAUGCGUUUCCGAUGAUUCAAAUGCAACCUAUAUCGUAUCCGAACCGAAAGAGGAAUUACGUUUAACUUAUAACGUAAAUGACUCCGCUUGGAAUGGAAAAUUCAUACCGGAACAAUCGACACAAGGGAAAUUGUCAACUCACGAAGAAAAAUCUUUCUCAUCUUCUUCUCAGAAGAAAACUUCUUCAUCAAAACAGACAUCUUCUAGUGGUUACACUAUUGAAAUCGUUGAUGGAAAAGAACGAAUAAUCGACAAAAAACAGCAUCAGACUGGGAGUUCCGAGUCGUCUUCUUUCGAAGAUAAACAACAUGCCAGAAGCGGUACCGAUAUUCCUUCCGAAUACCACCAUCUUCAUAAAGAAGCAAGCAGGAGCUCUAAAUUCGAUACAGACACCCCAAAACUGCAAAAGCCCCAAGUUAAAACUUCUGAAAGCACAAAAGAAUAUCACCAAGUCGGGGGCCAAUCGAUGGCAAAUUCCAAAUACGUAACGGCUGUAAAUUCGGAAGGUACAUCAAAGUCUGUUUCAAAAGACUUAAAGAUAGACGACAGUAAGACUGCGAAGAAAAAACAAAUACAAAUAGACGAUGCAACAAUCGCCAAAGAUAUAAAGGCAUAUACUGACUCGAAAAACUACCAUGACAUUGCUUCAGACACUCUCACCACAACUACCACGACUACAUUUUAUGAUUCCUCCGGCAAUGUUGUUAAAGUAUUAACAGACAUUGAUAGCAAAAACGUUCCCGGCAAUAUUAAAUCAAAACCCAGUGAUCAAAAUGUCAAAUUAACUGCCACGAUUGAUUCCAGAGACAGUAGGAUCCAGAAAGGGGAACAACAGAGAAAAACCGAAAGUCAAAUAAAGCAAGACGACAGUGCAACAAGCUCUACUGUCUAUUAUGUCGACGAAGAUUAUGUUGACACCAAAAAAAUUCGUACGGCCCAAACGUCGACAGAUUCGCGUGACUUCUAUGGACAUUCAACAGACUCCAAGGAUACGUUGGUGAAGAAUGUCUACGACACCAAAGCGACUCAAAACACAAUUGGAACAUCAGGAAGGGUGGUCCAACAUAGUACGACCGACUCGAUCGACACGAUAUAUUCGAACGAACGAAACUAUGGAAAAACUGGCUGGAAUGGUAAGUUUGUAUGGGAAACGCCUCCACAAACGAGUAAGAAAGACAGGGAUUCUUCUCCCAGAAAAGGUCCAGAAAGGAGUCCAUCUCCUAGCAAGCCGUCAAAAACUUCUGCAAGGAGCAAAUCACCAUCAAAAGGUACUAAACCAGACACUCCAAGAAAAGAACAACCGGAAAUGAGGAAACCAUCAAGAGGGGAUGUUACAGAAAUCACAAUAUCACUUAUCGAUACUCCAAAGAAAGAACAGCCAGGAAUGAGGAAACCAUCGAGAGGCGAUGUUAAAGAAAUCACAACGUCGCUUAUCGAAUCAGAAAAAGUUGAUGACAUUAAUAAACUCGAUAAGACUUUCGUUGUAGACUCUCGGACUUCCGAUACCUGUGAUAAAGUCAACAAAACUUUCGAAACCGUUUCAACCCAACGAACGGCGGAUAUCGACGUAAAAAAUAUAAGUAAUAUUGAUAAAAGUACUUCUUCAAGCGAAGUCGUGAUAAAAAGUUUUGCGACAACGGAAGAAAAAAUUCAGUCCCAAAACGCCCAAAUAACUGAUCAUUUUAUUAAGGGUGAAGCAACAACCGAAAGAACGGUUGUGUUGCCAGUAAAACCAUCAGGACCUACCACCACAUAUCCAGUUGAUAGUACCAUUAAUAAAUUUGAUGCUAAAACGCAACAAACAUUCAGUGACGAAAAAUUCGAAACGUCGACUAUUGUAGACCAAUCGUCUUUCUUGGAUAAAAAGAUUACAAUAGAUGAUCGGCGCGAUGUAAAGCUAAUCGAUUCAAAGCAUGUCGUUCAAACUGAUAAAGAUUUGGUUGAUAAAAAAUAUGUUUCAAAAACAGAUAUUAAGGACACCACCGAUACAACCUUCGUCACAAAAACUGACAAGAAAAAUAUUGUUGAUUCGAAGCUUAUUACAGAGUACGAUGUAAAGAAUGUUGUUGACACCAACGUCAGUAACACUUUCAUCAAGGAAAACAUUAUCGACAUUAAAGACAUCAAUGAAGUAGAAAAUAUAACCAACAUAAAGAAACACGUCGACAACAAAAUAAUAGUAAAUGAGAUCGUGAGAAAAAUUCCUGCAACUCCCGAGACCAUUAAGAUCCCGCUGAAGGAACAGUGUAUUUGUGAAUUGUGUACUUGCGGACGUCAUUACUGUCCUCACAAUCCCGAAGAGUAUAACGAUCACUUGCAUCCUGACGGACCUUUCUACGGAAAACCGAAAGAUGAAUACAAUGCAACUAAGGGAGAAAGAGCUCCUGUAAUAAUCCCUCAAGAUCAUCUAAAACCAGAAGGCGAAUUCGUUAAAAGACAACCGGAAGAAUGGAGGCCUGGUGAAAGAGCUCCUGUAAGAAUACCUAAAGACAAUCUAAGACCAGAAGGAGAGUUUGAGAAACGACAGCCGCAUGAGUGGAAGCCCGGUGACAGAGCAGCUGUUAAACGCCCCCAAGACCAUUUGAAACCUGAAGGAGAGUUUGAAAGACCCCAUCCAGAAGAAUGGAGACCUGGCGACAGGGUUCCAAUUAAAAAACCUCAGGAUAAUCUAAGACCUGAAGGUGAUUUUGAAAAGCGCCAUCCGGAUGAAUGGAAACCAGGUGAUAGAGCUCCAAUUAGAAAACCCCAAGAUAAUCUAAGACCUGAAGGUGAUUUUGAGAAACGCCAUCCAGAGCAAUGGAGACCCGGUGAUAGAGCACCAGUCAAAAAACCUCAGGAUAAUCUUAAACCUGAAGGUGAUUUUGAAAAGCGCUCACCAGAACAAUGGAAACCUGGUGAAAGAGCUCCAAUUAGAAAACCUCAAGACAACCUGAAACCCGAAGGUGAAUUCGAGAAGAGGAAACCAGAAGAAUGGCGUCCAGGUGACAGAUCUCCUGUUAAGAAACCUCAAGAUAAUCUUAAACCAGAAGGCGAUUUUGAAAAGCGUCAACCAGAAGAGUGGAAACCUGGUGAUAGAGCUCCUGUUAAGAAACCACAAGACAAUUUAAAACCAGAAGGAGAAUUUGAAAAACGUCAACCUCAUGAAUGGAAACCUGGCGAUAGAGCACCAGUUAAACGGCCCCAGGAUAACUUAAAACCCGAAGGAGGUUUCGAGAAACGUCAACCAGAACAAUGGAAACCGGGUGAUCGAGCUCCCGUUGUAAAGCCUCAAGAUAAUUUGCGACCAGAAGGAGACUUUACGUCAACUACAACACUAACAGAAGAUUAUAGGAUCGUAAAAGGCGAACGGGCAGAUGUUGUUCGUCGUGUGGAUAACAUCACUAUUGGUGGAGAAUUUAUUGGCGAAACAACCACUCAAACUUCUUACUUAGGCGAACAAGUUGAUAGGACAAGUCCCAUAAGACGCAACACAUGGACUAAAGUUGAAGGUGAUUUUACGUCUGAAACAACAAACAGAUCCGAUUUCGUGGAAUUUACAUCCAAAGAAAGAGUUCAAAUGAUAAACAAACGUGAAGAUAAUUUGACUUUAGAAGGAAGCAUGACUUUUGACACAUCGUCACAUAUUGACUAUACUGAAAAGGAAACAGAAAUACCAUUACGCCGUCGUCGAACGUGGACAAAAGAAGACGUUGAAAAAUUCUACCUUAAACAAGAUACGGAAAACGUAACCACAACGCAGAACGUAUACAGGAGCUUUACUGAUAAAGAUAUUCAUCGUCAAACAGCUAUUAUCCAUCAAGACAAUCUAAAACCCGAAGGCACAAUACAGUUGACUCCAAAAUCUAAAGAAGAUUUUACUCCUAAAUCUGUAGAACGAGUUAAACAGAAAAGGCCCAUUGACAACUUACGUCCUGAAGGAGAAUUUGAGAAACAAAUUAAACCGCAAUUUAAGCCAGCUGAACGUCCAAAACAGAUAAAGCCAAUUGAUAAUUUACAUACCGAAGGGGAAAUUGAAAUACCUCAAAAACCUAAAUUUGUACCUGCUGAAAAACCCAAACAAAGGAAACCGGAGGACAAUUUACGACCAGAAGGUGAUUUCGAAAUACCCGAAAAGCCUCAAUUUAAGCCAGCAGAACGACCAACAAUCAAAAAACCAACAGAUAACCUACAUCCAGAAGGUGAUUUUGAACGUCCUGAAAAGCCGCAAUUCGUCCCAGCGGAAAGACCUAAACAAAAACGCCCCGAAGAUAAUUUACGGCCUGAAGGUGAAUUUGAAAGACCAACGCCUACAAAAAUUAGACCUGCUGAACGAAGAACGCCAAUUAAACACGAAGACAAUCUCAGACCUGAAGGGGACUUUGAAGUUCCAGAAAAACCAACGUUCAAGCCAGCAGAACGACCAACCCCAAAGAAGCCAACAGAUAAUUUAUAUCCUGAAGGUGAAUUUGAACGUCCGGAAAAACCGGGAUAUAUACCUGCUGAAAGGCCCAGGCAGAUGCGCCCGGAAGAUAAUCUUCGCCCAGAAGGGGACUUCGAAAGACCAACUCCAUCAAAAGUUCGACCAGCUGAACGAAGAACUCCGAUUAAACAUGAAGAUAACCUAAGACCUGAAGGAGAGUUCGAAGUUCCACAAAAACCCAAAUUCAGUCCGGCAGAACGACCAACCCCAAAGAAACCAACAGAUAAUUUGUAUCCUGAAGGUGAAUUUGAACGUCCGGAAAAACCAGGAUAUAUUCCUGCCGAAAGGCCCAAACAGAAACGUCCUGAAGAUAAUCUGCGACCAGAAGGAGAAUUUGAACGACCAACUCCUACAAAAGUACGACCUGGUGAACGUAGAACUCCGAUUAAACAUGAAGAUAACCUUCGACCAGAAGGUGAAUUCGAAAUACCGGAGAAACCUCAAUAUAGACCAACAGAACGGCCAAUGCCCACAAAACCUACUGAUAAUCUUCAUCCUGAGGGUGAAUUUGAACGUCCGGAAAAACCGAGAUAUGUUACAACUGAAAGACCUAAACAAAAACGUCCCGAAGAUAAUUUAAAGCCCGAAGGAGAAUUUGAGAGACCAACGCCAACUAAAAUUGGACCUGCUGAACGUAGAACACCGAUAAAGCACCAUGACAAUCUUCGUCCAGAAGGUGAAAUAGAUAUUCCAGAAAAACCGAAAUAUAGAUCAGCUGAACGACCUACCCCUAAAAAGCCAACUGAUAAUCUGUACCCUGAGGGUGAAUUCGAACGUCCUGAAAAACCAGGUUACUUACCCGCUGAAAGACCCAAACAAAAACGCCCCGAAGAUAAUUUACGGCCUGAAGGAGAGUUUGAAAGACCUACUUCUACUAUAGUUCAACCAGCAGAACGUAGAACACCAAUAAAACACCACGACAAUCUUCGUCCAGAAGGUGAAAUAGAUAUUCCUGAAAAACCAAAGUAUAGACCAGCUGAACGACCUACCCCGACAAAACCAACAGAUAACCUAUAUCCUGAGGGUGAAUUUGAACGUCCGGAAAAACCAGAAUUUACUCCAGCUGAAAGACCCAAACAAAAACGGCCAGAAGACAAUCUUCGUCCUGAAGGAGAGUUUGAAAGACCUACACCUACAAAAGUUGGACCUGCUGAACGUAGAACACCAAUUAAACACAAAGAUAAUCUUAGACCUGAAGGAGAAUUGGAAGUUCCAGAAAAACCUAAAUUCAGACCAGCAGAACGACCAAUCGCAAAAAAACCAACAGACAAUUUGUAUCCUGAAGGUGAAUUUGAACGUCCAGAAAAAUCAGGAUAUGUUCCUGCCGAAAGACCUAAGCAAAAACGCCCUGAAGACAAUCUACGACCAGAAGGUGAAUUUGAGAGGCCUUCUCCUACAAAAGUUGGCCCUGCUGAACGACGAACACCGAUUAAACAUGAAGAUAACCUUCACCCAGAAGGAGAUUUUGAAGUUCCAGAAAAGCCUCAAUACACACCAGCCGAAAGACCUAAACCCAAGAGACCAACUGAUAAUUUACAACCUGAAGGGGAAUUUGUACGUCCAGAGAAACCUGGAUACAUACCCGCAGAGAGGCCUAAACAGAGACGACCAGAAGAUAAUCUGCGUCCCGAGGGCGAUUUUGAAAGACCUUCUCCUACUAAAGUUGUCUCUGCUGAACGAAGAAAGCCAAUAAAACAUGAAGAUAAUCUACGUCCUGAAGGAGACAUUGAGGUGCCGGAGAAACCACAAUUUAGACCAGCUGAACGACCCACGCCUAAAAAGCCAACUGAUAAUCUUCAUCCUGAAGGGAAAUUUGAACGACCUGAAAAACCUGAAUAUAUUCCAGCGGAAAGACCUAAACAAAAGCGUCCAGAAGAUAAUCUCCGUCCAGAAGGUGAAUUCGAACGUCCAUCGCCAACAUUCGUAGGCCCUGCUCAACGUAGGACACCAAUUAAGCAUAAAGACAAUUUACGUCCUGAAGGGGAAUUUGAAGUGCCUGAAAAACCUCAAUACAUACCAGCUGAAAGGCCAACACCCACAAAACCUUCCGAUAAUCUACAUCCCGAAGGAGAAUUUGAACGACCUGAAAAACAGGGAUACAUUCCUGCAGAAAGACCUAAACAAAAACGUCCAGAAGAUAAUCUUCGACCUGAGGGUGAAUUUGAACGCCCAUCACCAACUGUAGUAGGUCCUGCUGAACGCAGGAUACCGAUUAAGCAUGUGGAUAAUUUACGUCCUGAAGGAGAAUUUGAAGUGCCUGAAAAACCUCAGUACACACCGGCUGAAAGACCAGCACCUAAAAAGCCAACUGAUAACCUACAUCCGGAAGGUGAAUUUGAACGACCUGAAAAGCCAGGAUACAUUCCUGCAGAAAGACCUAAACAAAAACGUCCGGAAGAUAAUCUUCGACCUGAGGGUGAGUUUGAAAGACCUACACCUACAAAAGUUGGACCUGCUGAACGAAGAACACCAAUUAAACAUCAGGACAAUUUGUACCCUGAAGGAGAAUUUCAGGUUCCCGAGAAACCUAGAUUUAUACCGACUGAAAGACCAACUCCUACAAAACCACUAGAUAAUCUGUAUCCUGAAGGAGAAUUUGAGCGUCCAGAGAAACCAGGAUUUAUUCCAGCUGAAAGACCAAAACAAAAACGUCCAGAAGACAAUCUUCGUCCCGAAGGAGAAUUCGAGAGGCCAACGCCAACUAAAGUUGGACCUGCCGAGCGUAGAACACCAAUUAAACAUGAAGACAAUCUUCAUCCCGAAGGUGAUAUUCAAAUUCCUGACAAACCGCAGUUUGUACCAGUUGAGAGACCGACGCCCAAAAAACCAAUCGAUAAUCUAUAUCCUGAAGGCGAGUUCGAACGACCGGAAAAGCCUGGCUAUUUUCCAACAGAAAGACCUACACAAAAGCGCCCUGAAGAUAAUCUUAAACCUGAAGGGGAAUUUGAAAGACCAACACCUACCAAAGUCGGCCCUGCCGAACGUAGAACACCUAUCAAACAUGAAGACAAUCUUCAUCCUGAAGGUGAAUUUGAACGCCCGGAAAAACCAGGGUUUAUUCCAGCUGAAAGACCCAGACAAAAACGUCCAGAAGACAAUCUUCGUCCCGAAGGAGAAUUUGAGAGACCAACGCCAACUAAAAUUGGACCUGCUGAACGUAGAACACCAAUUAAACACGAAGACAAUCUUCAUCCAGAAGGUGAGUUUCAAAUUCCUGACAAACCACAGUUUGUACCUGUUGAGAGACCGACACCCAAAAAACCAAUCGAUAAUCUAUAUCCUGAAGGCGAGUUCGAACGACCGGAAAAGCCUGGCUAUUUUCCAACAGAAAGACCUACACAAAAGCGCCCUGAAGAUAAUCUUAAACCUGAAGGGGAAUUUGAAAGACCAACACCUACCAAAGUCGGCCCUGCCGAACGUAGAACACCUAUCAAACAUGAAGACAAUCUUCAUCCUGAAGGUGAAUUUGAACGCCCGGAAAAACCAGGGUUUAUUCCAGCUGAAAGACCCAAACAAAAACGUCCAGAAGAUAAUCUACGUCCCGAAGGAGAAUUUGAAAGACCAACACCUACUAAAUUUGGUCCUGCUGAACGGAGAACACCAAUUAAACAUGAAGAUAAUCUUCAUCCUGAAGGAAAGAUUGAUGUACCUCAAAAACCAGCAUACAUUCCAGCAGAACGACUUCAACAAAAGCGUCCAGAAGAUAAUUUAAAGCCUGAAGGUGAAUUCGAAAGACCUUCUCCGAAAACGGUAACUCCAGCUGAAAAGAGAACUCCUAUUAAGCAUGAAGAUAAUCUGCACCUAGAAGGAACAGUUGAAAUCCGACGUAAAGACGAACUUGCAAGUGUGACUUCUAUUACUGAUAGAGUUCAAAUUACUAAACAUGAAGACAACUUAAAAAUUGAGGGCGAAUUUUCGGAUAUUCGUUCUAGAGAUGAUUACAAGGUUGUGAGAGGCGAAAGAUUUGAUAUAAAAAAACCAGAAGAUAACCUUAAGCCCGAAGGACAGUUUAAUGAUCAAAGAACUAGAGAUGAUUACCACGUUGUUAAAGGUGAUCGAUCAGAAAUCGUAAUUAGAGAAGAUAAUCUUAAAGUGGAAGGCGAAUUUACAGAUAUUCGUUCUCGAGAUGAUUAUAAGAUUGUGAAGGGUGAAAGAUACGAAGUGAGAAAACCAGAAGAUAAUCUUAAACCCGAAGGUGAAUUCAUUGAUCAUAGAACAAGAGACGAUUACCAUGUUGUUAAAGGAGAUAGAUCUAAAAUAGUAAUCAGGGAAGAUAAUCUUAAGGUUGAGGGCGAAUUUACCGAAUACAGAAAGCGCGAUGAAUUUUCGACAACAGUUACAGAACGAACAUCACAAGUUCGACAUGCAGAUAACCUGAAACUUGAAGGAAAAAUAGAAAUACCUAAACCAUCUGAAUUAACUCCUGGUGAACGGUCAAAACCAAUUAAACAUAGCGACAAUUUAAAACCAGAAGGAUCAUUUGAAAGGCCCCAUAAACCACAAUUCACACCAGCCGAAAGGCCAUCACCGGUUAAACCAAAAGAUAACUUAAAACCUGAAGGAGAAUUUGAAAAAUAUGAUUCUCCUAAGUACGUUCCAGGAGAAAGAAGUAUUCCUAUUAAGCAACCUGAUAAUUUACAUCCGGAAGGAGACUUUGUUCGUCCAGAAAAAUCUAAAUUUAGCCCAUCAGAGCGCCGUUCGCCUACAAAACCUAAAGAUAAUUUAAAACCCGAAGGUGGUUUCGAAAGACCAAGCUCAACUAAAUUGGGACCAGGAGAACGAAGAACACCAAUAAGACAUCCUGAUAAUCUAUUUCCUGAAGGUGAAUUUGAUCGUCCCCAUAAGCCUGGCUUCAGUCCGGCAGAGCGACAAAAGCCUAAAAAACCGGUAGAUAAUUUAAAACCAGAAGGCAACUUUGAAAGACCAGCCAAGAGCCCUAUAGGUCCAGGAGAACGUGCACCAGUUGUCCGACACCAAGACAACCUUAAACCAGAAGGAGAAUUUAUGGGUUCGCCCAGAAGCAAAGAUGAUUUUAAACCCGUACAGGCUGAACGAAUGCCAGUGAAAAAGCCACAAGACAACUUAAGAAUCUCCGAUUUCCGCGAUUCUUCGGUUGAAAAAUCUCAAUACACAACAACAAGUAAGAAAGCAUACGAAGCCACUCAGAAAGAAGCUUUGCAAAAUGUACGAGCUCGUCUCUCAUUCGACAGAAAUCGUCACACGGAAUCACACAUUACAUUGGGAGAUGACAAAGCUGUAAUGAAAACCACCAACGAAAUCAAUUACAACACUUACACGAGAAGAUCUGGAACAGACGUUUCCGACUCAAAACAAAGGGCAAUAAAUGAAGUAAACAAAGUGCAAAUGCAACAGGUGAAGAAGGAUACGUCGUCUCAAGAAGUACGAGAAAUUCAAAUGUCGUCCUCACAAACAAACAUAAACCAAGUACAGCAACAACAACAAAAAACAGAACACGCAAAACACGUGGUUAACAAUGUAAUUGAGACAAGAGAUCAACAGGUGUCAGGGCAAGUUGUAAGAUCAUCGAGUGAAAAACGCAUUGUAUCAAAACAAGAAGCUCACGGCAUCAAAACGGAAAGUCAUCAUAGACGAAACGUCUUGCAAACCGAAGCCGAUAUUGGAAAUCAAGUGUUGCACCGCAAGGGCAUUCACUCGUCAACAGAAGCUCUUCAUGUAAGCAGUUCGGCUGCUCUGGCAAUGAGGAAGUCAAUCAACACCCUUAACGAUCAAAGUCAUUAUAUUAAUAACACUCAAACUGACAGGCGCAGUUUGAGUUCAAUUCACAGAUCAAACAUUCAAGAAAGUCAAAAGCACCACUUGCACCAAGAGACCCACAAGUGUAACGUUCACGAUAAGAGGGGGUCGCAAUGGUCAUCUACGCACCACGAACCGUACGAAAGAGCACAGAAGAUAGUGAGAAAGGACAAUUUAUCGAUUGGCGGACAAUUUUAUGGUCAGUCGGAAGCACGAUCAUACGGCAAUUUCACAAAACAGCAAAAUAUUCAAAAAGUAGAAAGAAUCACCCGUAGAUCGAACGUUUCAAAUAUAAAUCUUGGAGAAAGCAAUGUUACAAUUUUAACAUCGUAUAAAAACGAAUAUCAACCGCGUCAAAAGAUUCCAUGUCCUGCAACCUUAAUAGACACCCCCAAGGCUCCCUUUAAACAUACCAGAGACACAAAAUCACAUAAAUAUUACUUACCAGUUAUUACUAAAUAAUAUAAUAAAUUAUCCUUAUUUUUUAAGACUGCAUUUAAAACUACCCCGUAUUUUCCAUGCUUUUCAAUUUAUACGAUAUUUUAUGAGGUAAUGGUUUUGUUUUCAAUUUUUCCACAUUAACAUGGCUUUAAUUUGCUUUUGUAAGUUUGUUAUUCUCAAUAAAGCUAUUGCGCGAUUAUGUUUUA